CUAUGACACUGGAUUCAUCAUAUCCACAUCUCUGACUCUCCCCGCCAACGCUGGCGUUGCAAUCCCCUUACUUUUUUCCUCUUGCCAGGCCAUCGUCAACCAUGGUGGAUGUCCGCAAGGAUGUGAUAACAAGGGCUUGCAAAUGUCUCAAUAUUCGCAUUCAAUCCAAGCAGCUACCGCCGCAGGGCACGCCUCCAGAUUUUCUCAAGGAUAGUGUAGCAGAUUCUGACUAUACACUGAUGUAUGUGGGUCAAGACGGUCUCAGCGUUGCUCAUCCUCAAGUAACGAUGAGAACACGCAAAAUGGGUCUCCCCCUGGCCGAUACAAAUCGAUGCAUACGGUAUACCACAUUGACUUGCCUAUUGUGUCAGACCCUCGCAUAUCGUGUACAACAAUUGGUCCCACUGGAUGUGGAGGGUCAAGAGGGACCAUUGCUUCCAACGUAUGACUGGGUUGAGCAAGACAUACUGAUGAGUAGUUGCGGCUGGAUUGAGGUACACAAUGAGUGCCUGGAUCCUGAUGCCGUCUUCAUUCUCUUGUCCUCAACAACAUAUUCCCCGAUUUUCAAUGUUGCUGUGCCCUCAAAUGCCUCCAAGCCCUCUGCGCAGCCCUCUUACAUUGCCUCCACUGACGUGUCCCACUCUCAAAUACCUUCCGAGCCUAUAUUGUCAAAUUUGCGUCCCUUGUUUCCACCAGCACCCUUGUUUCCACCAGCACCCUUUAUACCUUCACAUCCCGUUUUUGUUCACCUGUCAUCCAUUGCCACAUCCAAGUCACAGGCUCUGAGAUUAUCCGCUGAGGAACAGUUCACUGCUCUCAUACGAGAGAAAGUCGCUGAAAUUGAGAGGGCUGAGGAUGGUUUGAAAAGAGCUGUGGAGAGUCUGUGGAAGAGAUUCCUUGAGAGCUUAGGUCAGACAGAGAAGGAUUGGGGCGCUUUCGAUGUCGCUAAGCGGAGGGAUCCUAUGAGAAAACCCAAUAUCAACAAUGCAGGGGGGCCGGCAGUUGGUACAUCGGUGGUUUCCGUGCGGGACUUCGUGCCUGUUGUCAGCCCCGGCAGAAUGGUUUCCCCUGCGUCCUCAGUACCAAGAAUGUCUUCGCUGUCUGCGUCUCUUGCGACUUCCGCAUUUCACCAUCCUCGGGCCCUUCGAAAUACUCAUACUAGAGAGGCAAGCGAUAUUUCACGGUCGCCACCGCCUUAUUCUUCGCACCCGUCAUCUGUCGGCUCAGCAGACAGUCGGUCACUCUCAUCCUCUACCUCAUCGGAAGAACUACUGCCGCUAGCAACAGGGGAAAGUCUCAUUCAGCCGUUCAAACGCAGUAUGGACGAGACUCGGGACACAGCGGCAAGCUUCCGAUAUUUUACCGAUAUGGAAGCUGAGAUGGAGAUGAUGCGCGGACGUCAGCGAUUCUCCGCAGCCGGAACCGCUCCUGCGAUUCAAGAAGAGAAUCGGAAGGCGACCGAAGGUGCGAAACCGAGUAACACUUCGACUUCUGCCAGCGCCACCGGCAAUGAAGAGAACGAGCUGAAGGGAGCGAAAGAGAACCGAUUGCAGCAGCUUGAUCACGGCAAGAACGGCAAUGAGCCGAGAGGAAAGCGUAAGGUGACAUUUGACAUUAAACCAGACGCGCUAAUAACCGACGACGGGCCGAGUCCGGAGAAGAAUGGAAACAGUCAAGGACGCGAUGUGCAAGACAUGAUCUUUGAUCUGGAUGGUGAAAGCAGUGAUCGAGAUUCCUCAGACGCAGCCCCUAUCCUUCCAUUCAAAGAGCUGCCACAUAUUCCUCGACGCCGUGGGCGCACACGCAACAGCACGAGCCAUGUUGGCCUACCAACAUCACUAUCAACUUUAAGGCCGACCUCCUUACCUGCCUAUGCUUCUCUUCAAGCCCAUAUAACUAAAGAGGAAUCAACAUUUAGAACACAAGCCUCAACGUCUGAGCAGUUGCACACUGAAAGAAUCCGACGUUCCGCCAUUUCCCUAGAAGCUCCGGAUCCACAAGAACAAGAAAUUUUGAAGUUGGUUGCUGCUGAUACCCCAAGUCACAGAGGUGCUUGGAAGCCCAAUAGCAGAGCGUGGCAGUUGUUUGUUAGUAGACAAGGUGGCAAGAAUGGCGCUGCUGGUGCGCUUAUACCGGAGGAGGCUGAAGUUGGCGCCAUCGUUAGCGACACCGAUGAGAGCGACGAUGUGGUUGAGGGAAUUCCAGGGUCGCUGCCUAUCAGUAUUGGGCCAUUAUCGCGCAAACGAGAGCCUCUAUCCCUGGCAUCGUAUCAGCCAAAGACAUCGCUUUCUGACCGUGCUGGUGCCAUUGGUAGGCAUUCCGCUUCUACCUUGCGCAAAGCUUCGUACGCCGCUCGUGACCGUGACCGUUCCAUGGACCCCGGAACGUUGGAUUUCGUUUCUCAAGACGAUGAGGGUGACGAGGAUGAUGAGAGCGAUGAUGAACCGUCGCAAGUGGACCCUCCUGAUGAAGGACGGGGCAGACAGCGGGCGCUGAAGAUUCUUGAAGCCCGAAGUAAAGUUCCGGCGGCGGGGAUGUGGAGAAGCCUGGCAUAAGAUCGGCGCCACUGACCUACUUGUACGAAUAUUGUUGUGCAUAGUACGGAUAUUUUGGCUUGCAUUGAAUUCAUCAUAGGUUUUCCGUAUUCUCCAU